CUCGGCCGAGAGCCAGAGGGUGCAUUCACAGGUUGCCCCCUGGAUGGACACGGGUCCAGCCCGGACUCAGAGGCCGGCCAUGCAUCCUGAGACCCCAACUUGGCCGAAGUUUCUGGAUGGCUCCCGCUCACCAGGCCCCGCACCACUCGGCCGUGGAGGACGUGGGACGGGAGAGACGCGAGGGGGAAGUUCAGGCCUGGCGCGCGCGGAACCGCCCGCCCCCUCCCGCGGGCGGGCCGCGCCAGAAGCGGGCGAUCCCGCAGUGCCCUGCAGCCGCGGACGCCGCCUGGCUAGGAUGACACCACGUUGAGCGCGCCUGCAAACAACAACAACAACAAGCGCCGCCGCGGCCACCGCGUCCUGCUCCUCCGAAGCGCCGCCGCCGCCGCCGGUGGAGCCGCCGGUGGAGCCGCCUCCGCGCCCCCGGCCGUCCGGAGCGUCCAGCCGCCGGUGUAUGUCGCGCCUGCCCGGGACGGGCUGAAGCCGGCGGCGGGCCGGACCGCAGGCGCCGAGCAGGGCCAGCGCGGCCAGGGCAGCCGCCUGCCGCCGAGCCCCCCAGCGCCGCUGCUCGCGGAAGCGCUUUCGGCCGGGAGCGGCGGCCGCCGCCAGCAGUUUUCAUGUUUGGGAUUCAGGAGAAUAUUCCGCGCGGGGGGACGACCAUGAAGGAGGAGCCGCUGGGCAGCGGCAUGAACCCGGUGCGCUCGUGGAUGCAUACGGCGGGGGUGGUGGACGCCAACACGGCCGCCCAGAGCGGCGUGGGGCUGGCGCGGGCGCACUUCGAAAAGCAGCCUCCUUCCAACCUCCGGAAGUCCAAUUUCUUCCACUUCGUGCUGGCGCUCUACGACAGGCAGGGGCAGCCGGUGGAGAUUGAAAGGACCGCUUUUGUGGACUUUGUGGAGAAAGAGAAAGAGCCCAACAACGAGAAAACCAACAACGGCAUCCACUAUAAACUCCAGCUGCUGUACAGCAACGGAGUCAGAACGGAGCAGGAUCUGUAUGUUCGCCUCAUAGAUUCAAUGACCAAACAGGCCAUCGUCUAUGAGGGCCAGGACAAGAACCCGGAGAUGUGCCGCGUGCUGCUGACCCACGAGAUCAUGUGCAGCCGGUGCUGCGACAAGAAGAGUUGUGGCAAUAGGAAUGAGACACCCUCAGACCCUGUGAUCAUUGACAGAUUCUUUCUAAAGUUUUUCCUCAAGUGCAAUCAGAACUGUUUGAAGAAUGCAGGCAACCCCCGGGACAUGCGAAGAUUCCAGGUUGUCGUAUCCACCACGGUCAACGUGGACGGCCACGUGCUGGCCGUGUCCGACAACAUGUUUGUGCACAACAACUCGAAGCACGGGCGGCGGGCGCGCCGCCUGGACCCGUCAGAAGGUACGGCCCCUCCUUAUCUGGAAAAUGCCACUCCGUGCAUCAAGGCCAUCAGUCCCAGCGAAGGCUGGACCACGGGGGGCGCGACCGUGAUCAUCAUCGGAGACAACUUCUUUGACGGGCUCCAAGUCGUGUUCGGGACAAUGUUGGUGUGGAGCGAGCUGAUCACGCCCCACGCCAUCCGCGUCCAGACCCCGCCGAGGCACAUUCCCGGAGUCGUCGAGGUCACCUUGUCCUACAAGUCCAAGCAGUUCUGUAAAGGUGCUCCGGGGCGGUUUGUCUACACCGCCCUUAAUGAACCAACCAUAGAUUACGGCUUUCAGAGGUUGCAGAAAGUGAUCCCGAGACAUCCGGGUGAUCCUGAAAGGUUACCCAAGGAAGUGUUGCUCAAGAGGGCGGCCGACCUCGUGGAAGCCUUAUACGGGAUGCCCCACAACAACCAGGAGAUCAUCCUGAAGCGGGCGGCUGACAUCGCCGAGGCGUUGUACAGCGUCCCUCGCAACCACAACCAGAUCCCUACCCUGGGCAACACCCCCGCACACACGGGCAUGAUGGGCGUGAACUCAUUCAGCAGCCAGCUAGCGGUCAACGUCUCAGAGACGUCACAAGCCAACGACCAAGCAGUCGGCUACAGUCGGAACACGAGCAGCGUGUCCCCGCGAGGAUACGCGCCGAGCAGUACUCCCCAGCAGUCCAAUUACAGCACAGUCAGCACUAGCAUGAACGGCUACGGAAGUGGCGCCAUGGCCAAUCUAGGGGUCCCGGGCUCGCCUGGAUUUCUUAAUGGCUCCUCCGCUAACUCGCCCUACGGCAUAGUGCCGUCCAGCCCCACCGUGGCAGCCUCUUCGGUCGCCCUCCCUUCAAACUGUAGCAGUACACACGGCAUUUUCUCAUUCUCACCUGCCAAUGUCAUCUCUGCAGUGAAACAAAAGAGCGCCUUCGCGCCCGUGGUCCGGCCCCAAGCCUCCCCUCCUCCUUCCUGCACCAGCGCCAAUGGGAACGGACUGCAAGGCUCUCUGCUGGGUGCUGAGGACGCUACCGUGGAGAAGACAAACUGGCCCUUUUGUGAAGUCGGUGGCAUAUUUCACUUUGAUGAACUAAUGCUCAAAAAAGGAACUGGAAAGCUAUGUCUGGGCUGGUAGUCCCGCCCAUGUGAGGGGCGCUGUGACCUGCCGCCACGCAGCAUCCAAGGACGGACUUCAGGGGACACGUCAGGACACGCGAGGUGCUGGCGGGACGGGGUCUUCAGUAUGUCAGCAGCGGCCGAGAAGCUACAAGAGACUUUGUUUAAAGAUUUUAUUUAAACUAUUAAGAAUCAACAUGCAAACAACCUACUCCUUCAUGAACAAUUCCAUUUUAUUGACUGAACUUUUCUCAUAUUUUCACAUUUCUCAGUCCUGAAGAAUAAGGAAAACAAAGCGACGCCUAUUUUGUAUAAAGUUUCUGACUCCGUCUUGGCUAUGUCUAGUACUUGCUAUGUGUUGGGAGAAACUUUGUGAAUGCACCAUUUUGAUGAUCAUAAAACACUGAUGAAAAAACGCCUCCAGACAUUUUUCUGUAUUCAUACUUAGAUUCACAAUGGUUGUGUAUCUCUAUAAUGUGAAAUAUUUUUUUGUGGUGACAAAAGGGGGCCAAGGAGGUCUGAGCCAUCAAACUGGAAGAAAGGAAGACUAUAUGGUUAGGAGAACUGGGGUGGCAGGGGUGGGGGGGAGGGCGGGUUUAUCAUUGCUUAACUUCAUCUUAAUGAAAUGAAACUUUGUAACUUAUUGUAGUUAGAAAUUGUAACUUUGAUAUUGAAUUCUCUUGCCUUCAACAAGCACACUGACAGAGAAAAAAAGAAAUGCUACUGUCUGUUGGUUAAAAUAUUCCCCACUGCUAGAGCUUCCUGUUACCAAGUGUGAUCUGCGGCUUUUUUUCAACUUUUGCUAGCACUGUAUACUAUUGCAUUCUUAGGCUACUGUGACGUCCAUGUUUCUUGUACCAGAAGUUGUCCUUUUGACUUCUAGAUCCUUCUUCCCUGAUGUGUUUUGUAUGUGGUUAUAAAAUUGUAGACUUUUGUGAUUUUGCCAAAGUUGUAGCUAAAUAUUUAUACACUUGUCUUGAAUUUUUUUCAGAUCCACUUAAAUAUUUAGAAAAAAAAAAAACCAAGUUUUAUUCCCUAUGCGUCUUAUAAGGAAUAAAAUGGUCUCCAUUCAACACUUACUUUUCCAUGAACACUUGCUGUUGCUAAGGGACUUUAUUUUGUAACAUAUCAAUUAUAAAUAUUGUAUUUAUCUUCGAGAUUUUGUACAUUGCUUUUCCUGCCGUUUUCGGUUUUCGUUUCCUUGUCUGUGUUGGUUUUCAAUCAUGGCCUGGUGUGAGAUGCUGGAAGAGCAUUCAGCCAAGAACUGUCUGUCUGAUCCGUCUGUUCAGUGAACCAGCGUCCUUGCAUUUCAUUUGUACUUCCAGAAUUUGCUAUUGUUUAGACUUUCCGUCCUUUUAUUUUUUUUAAUUUUGAGGAAAAGUCAAAUUCAUUGUUUAUUUUUAUAUUAUUUUUAAGUUAUCUGAACAAAUACUUUUGAAGGAAAAAAAAAAAAAGUUCGUUGUAUAGUCAAAACAAAAACGGUGCCACCCGGCUGUGACAAGUCCUAGUAGAUUCCGUGCAUGUGGAACGGCCACGGAGAGGCGACGCCGUUUGGAGCGGCGUCCUUCUCUCAUUAUUAUUUUUCUUUUUGUAGAAUGUAAAAAGUCAUUUUAGCUGCCACCCAUGACUUUGCCACAUAGCUCAACCGUGUUUACUGGAGAAAUUCAGAGGCCUAAAGUUUAAAAUAAAAUUUACUUCUGAUGUUUUAAUUAAAAUGUUUGCCACAUUAACUUCUCCGAUGCCUUAAAAGUGGACUUCUUUAAAGAACCUUUGUGCUAUCUUAUCACAGGCUUACACCACGAUUGUUAAUCGAGAUUUCAUUUGGAGAUUUAUGGUGACGUGCACACACACGCAUGUGCACACACACGCACACACACACGCACAAGCCCCACGGGCCCGUCUCACUGCUCUCUGCAUCCGGGCCUGCUGUGUCCUGUGUCCUCCUGAGCCCAGCCCAGACUCGGAGGGCCCAGGGGACCCACAGCCACCCCUUGUCCGGAACCCCCUUUUAACAACACCUUUCCUGUGGUCAGACCCCAGCGGCGCUGUCUACUUUCUGAACUGGAACGACCUCCUCGCGACACUGUACCUGUUAGUGCCAAACCCGCGGUGAGACCAGGAGGCCGUUUUCUUUUCCCUCUGCGGACGCACAGCACAGCCAAUACUUUGCAGCAGAAAUCAAAUCUAAAAAAGGAGGGACUUCUUAAAAUUCUCUUGAGAAAGACCAAAACAAAACAUGCCAGGCUUAAAGGUGUUCAUUUGAGGGACUAAAUCGAAGAAUCGGAACAUCCCGGAGGCCAGCGGUCACACUCUGGCCCUGUGACCGGCCUGAGGAGUCACUUUGGAACUCAUUUGCCUCCGUUUUAUUUUGUAUACGUAAGGGUUUGACCUAAAAACGAGCUCAUGUGUACACAUUAGGGACAUUUGUGAGUCUGCUCACCCCACACUUGGUUUGGGUCUAGUUGCCCUCACGGCAUCAUCAUCUCAAAACCGAGCGCGCCACUAAAUGGUAGAUUUUACUGUUGAAGACCCUACAAUAAGAUUGUUUUAUCUGUACAUUUUUUUUCAGAUAUUUAACUGUAUAAAAAUGUUCAUUUUACACGAUAUUUAAUUAAAGUAUUUCUUGUCUGUGAA